AUGGACGGCGGGGAAGCCGCAGAGACGGCCGCGGCGGCGCUCGGGCCGUCGUCGUUCAUGUCGGUGUUCAAGCACGCGGACGGGGUGGACGUUGCGCUGAUGGUGCUGGGCCUGUUGGGCGCCAUGGGCGACGGCAUGUCCACGCCGGCGAUGCUGCUCAUCACCAGCCGCGUCACCAACGAUUUCGGCCGCGGCCCCGACCAAGUCCAGGACUUCAGCGCCAGGAUCAACGCGAACGCAAGGAACAUCGUCUUCUUGGCGUGCGCCUCCUGGGUCAUGGCGUUCCUAGAGGGGUACUGCUGGGCGCGAACGGCGGAGCGGCAGGCGUCGCGGAUGCGGCCGAGGUACCUGCGGGCGGUGCUCCGGCAGGACAUGGAGUACUUCGACCUCAGGCCGGCCGGCUCGGCGUCGGAGGUGGUGACCAGCGUCUCCAGCGACAGCCUCGCCGUGCAGGACGCGCUGGCCGAGAAGGUGCCCAGCUUCGUGAUGAACGCCACCAUGUUCGUCGGCAGCUACGCCGUGGGGUUUGCGGUGCUGGGGCGGCUCACGCUGGCGGCGCUGCCGUCCGUGCUGCUGCUCGUCGUCCCCGGCAUCAUGUACGGCCGCGUCCUCGUCGGCCUGGCCCGCCGGAUCCGGGGCCAGUACGCGCGCCCGGGCGCCAUCGCCGAGCAGGCCGUGUCGUCGGCGCGCACCGUGUACGCGUUCGCGGCGGAGAGGCGCACCGUCGAGCGGUUCUCGGCCGCGCUCGAGGAGUCGGUGCGGCUCAGGCUCAGGCAGGGGCUCGCCAAGGGCGUCGCCAUCGGCAGCAACGGCGUCACCUUCGCCAUCUGGGCCUUCAACGUCUGGUACGGCAGCCGCCUCGUCAUGUACCACGGCUACCAGGGCGGCACCGUCUUCGCCAUCUCCUCCAUCAUCGUCAAUGGCGGCCUGGCGCUGGGGAACGCCUUGUCGAACUUGAAGUACUUCUCGGAGGCGGGCUCGGCGGCGGAGAGGAUUAUGGAGGUGAUCCGGCGGGUGCCCAAGAUCGACUCGGGAAGCGACGCCGGCGAGGAGCUCACCAGCUUCGCCGGCCAGGUGGAGUUCAGGAACGUCCAGUUCUGCUACCCGUCACGCCCGGAGAGCCCCGUCCUGGUCGACUUCAACCUGCACGUGCCGGCGGGGAGCACGGUGGCGCUGGUCGGCGGCAGCGGGUCGGGGAAGUCGACGGUGAUCGCGCUGCUGGAGCGGUUCUACGACCCAGCGGCCGGGGAGGUGGCGCUGGACGGCGUGGGCAUCCGCCGGCUGCGGCUCAAGUGGCUGCGCUCGCAGAUGGGGCUCGUCAGCCAGGAGCCGGCGCUGUUCGCCAUGUCGGUGCGGGAGAACGUGCUGCUCGGCAAGGAGGAUGCCACGGCGGCGGAGGUCACCGCCGCGGCCAAGGCGGCCGACGCCCACAGCUUCAUCUCGCAGCUGCCGCAAGGCUACGAUACACAGGUGGGAGAGUGCGGCAUCCAAUUGUCCGGAGGGCAAAAGCAAAGAAUUGCUAUUGCCAGAGCAAUCAUAAAGUCACCCAAGAUCCUCCUCGAUGAAGCCACAAGUGCAUUAGACACAAAAUCAGAGCGUGCUGUGCAGGCAGCACUAGACCUGGCUUCUGUGGGCCGUACUACUAUUGUCGUUGCACAUCGCCUCUCUACUGUACGAAAUGCUGACAUGAUUGCUGUCAUGCAGUCUGGUGAAGUCAAGGAGCAGGGUUCCCAUGAUGAUCUCAUUGCCAAUGAGAAUGGCCUCUACUCCACUCUUGUCCAUCUUCAGAAAACCAAAGAUUCAGGUGAGAUUAAUAACCAGAUUAGUGGAAUUGGUACAGUGUCUGCUGCUAUAGGACAAUCCGAGAGACACAGUAUGAGCAGGAGGUUUUCUUGGCCUCUCAGGUCAAGCUCGGCACGAUCAGUGGGUGAUGCAAAACAUGAUGGCAACAAAGAGGUGCCAAACCUCUCUUCCCCAUCUUUCAGAAGGCUACUUAUGCUUAAUGCACCAGAGUGGAAGCAGGCAUUGGUGGGGAGCUUUAGUGCAGUUCUGUUUGGAAGCAUACAGCCUAUCUAUGCAUAUGUCAUGGGGAGCAUGUUCUCAGUCUACUUCUUGACAGAUCACUCCGAGAUCAUAGAUAGAACAAGGGUCUAUGCACUCGUCUUUGCCGCUCUUGCGGUGCUCUCAUUGUUGCUCAAUAUGUUGCAGCACUAUAACUUCGGUGCCAUGGGGGAAUACCUUACAAAGAGGAUUAGGGAACAGAUGCUCACAAAAAUUCUUACUUUCGAGAUCGAAUGGUUUGACAGUGAUGAGAACUCCACAGGAGCCAUAUGCUCGCGGCUUGCCAAGGAUGCCAAUGUUGUGAGGUCACUUGUUGGGGAUCGAAUGGCGCUUGUAAUCCAGACAAUUUCCGCUGUGUUGAUUGCAUGCACCAUAGGCUUGGUCACUUCUUGGCGCUUGGCGCUUGUCAUGAUAGCAGUGCAGCCACUAAUUAUUGCUUGCUUUUAUGCCCGUUGUGUCUUACUAAGGAGCAUGUCCAAGAAAUCACUACAGGCACAGUUUGAGAGCAGCAAGCUAGCUGCUGAGGCCGUCUCCAAUAUUCGCACCAUCACUGCUUUCUCGUCCCAGAGCCUCAUAUUACACCUAUUUGACCAAACACAGGAAGGACCACGCAAAGAAAGUGUUCGGCAGUCAUGGUAUGCAGGACUUGGUCUCGGCACCUCUGUGGGUCUUAUGGCAUGCACUUGGGCCCUCGAUUUCUGGUAUGGUGGCAAGCUCAUGGCUGAGAAUCAGAUUACUGCCAAGGCUCUCUUCCAAACCUUCAUGAUUCUAGUAAGCACAGGCCGUGUAAUUGCAGAGGCAGGUAGCAUGACAACAGACCUCCUUAAAGGUGCUGAAUCAGCCUCUUCCGUUUUUGCUGUUCUUGAUCGGGAAACUAAAAUUGACCCUGACAAUCCUGAGGGAUACAAACCGAAGAGGCUGAAAGGCGGGGUGGAAUUUACAGGAGUUGACUUUGCAUACCCUUCUAGGCCAAAUGUGAUUAUAUUCAAAGGGUUGUCCUUGACAAUACAUCAAGGAAAAUCAACAGCCCUAGUUGGGCAAAGUGGUUCUGGCAAGUCAACCAUCAUUGGGCUUAUAGAGCGAUUCUAUGACCCACUUAAAGGGAUUGUGAAGAUUGAUGGCAGAGACAUAAAAAUGUACAAUCUGCAUGCAUUGCAGCGACAUAUUGGGUUGGUAAGCCAGGAGCCAACACUGCUUGCAGGUACAAUCAGAGAGAACAUCAUGUAUGGCACAGAAAUAGCAAGCGAGACUGAAAUUGAGGAUGCAGCAAGGUCCGCAAAUGCACAUGACUUCAUCAGCAACCUCAAGGAUGGAUAUGACACAUGGUGCGGUGAGCGAGGCUUUCAGAUUUCAGGAGGGCAGAAGCAACGCAUUGCAAUUGCCCGUGCCAUCUUGAAGAAUCCAGCUAUCUUGCUACUAGAUGAAGCUACAAGUGCACUAGACAGCCACUCCGAAAAGGUGGUGCAAGAGGCAUUGGAACGAGUUAUGAUGGGGAGAACAAGCGUAGUGGUGGUACACAGGCUCAGCACUAUCCAGAAGUGUGACUUGAUUGUUGUGCUUGAGAAAGGAAUUGUUGUCGAGAAAGGAACACAUGCAUCCCUCAUGGCCAAGGCACCCUCUGGAAAAUACUUUGGAUUAGUUACCUUGCAGCAAGGGGGCAGCUGA